AUAGUAAAAACAAGAAUUUCUUAUCUGUAGACGGGCGCUGGCACUUUCAUUACCGACACGGUUUUUGCAGUUGCUGGACAUGGCGACUCUUAUGAGAUUUGUCAACCAUUCCUUCUGUUCCAGAAUGGGGCACCGCUCCAUUGCACUGAGUUGUAACUCAUCUGUAGCAAGAGCCGUGAGUUUUGGUGCUGCUGCAGGGAAACCGCUGCCUGCCAAGGUGAAGAUUGUGGAAGUGGGGCCCAGAGAUGGUCUUCAGAAUGAACAGACCAUUGUCCCUGCUGAGGUGAAAAUCCGACUGAUUGACAUGCUGUCAGAGGCAGGGCUUCCUGUCAUCGAAGCCACAAGCUUUGUCUCUCCCAAGUGGGUUCCACAGAUGGCAGAUCAAGUGGAAGUCAUGCAGGGCAUUCACAAAAAGCCCGGAGUGAACUAUCCGGUCCUAACUCCUAAUCUAAAGGGCUUCCAAGCUGCUGUGAAAGCGGGGGCACAAGAGGUGGCUAUAUUCGGUGCUGCAUCUGAGCUCUUCAGCAAAAAGAACAUCAAUUGUUCCGUGGAGGAGAGUCUCCAGCGCUUUGAAGAAGUCACCAAGGCAGCCAAGGCACAAGGUGUACUUGUUAGAGGGUAUGUUUCGUGUGUUUUGGGAUGCCCAUACGAAGGGAAAGUGUCACCUGAGAAAGUUGCCCAUGUAGCAAAGCGCUUAUAUGCCAUGGGGUGCUAUGAGAUCUCCCUUGGCGACACCACUGGGGUUGGCACUCCAGGUGGCAUGAGCGAGAUGCUGGAGGCAGUGAAGCAGGAGGUGCCUGUGGAUGCCCUGGCUGUGCACUGCCAUGACACGUAUGGCCAGGCCCUGGCCAACAUCCUGGUAGCACUACAGAUGGGAAUAAGUGUGGUGGACUCCUCUAUAGCUGGACUUGGAGGCUGUCCAUAUGCCAAAGGGGCUUCUGGGAACGUGGCCACUGAAGAUGUUGUUUACAUGCUGCAUGGACUUGGAAUUCAAACUGGAGUGGAUCUUCAUAAGCUGAUGGAUGCUGGUGCAUUCAUCUGUCAGUUCCUGAACAGACGGACCAGCUCAAAAGUGUCUCAGGCUGCCUGUAAACUCUGAGCCCCAUUCAUCUGGAGCCUGGUUGGCUUGGGGUCACAGGUCUUUAAUCAAACAUGGGCCCCUCGGAUGUCAAUGUGACUUUUGCCUGACUAGAGCCAUGUUCUCCCUCCCUGUCCACCUAUGUCAAUGUGACUAGAGCCAUGUUCUCCCUCCCUGUCCACCUAUUGCGAUCCAUUAAAUGGCUACUUCUUGUUUGAUGUGGAGUAUCCGGACAUGGUACAAACAGCAUAGUGAAUGUUUAUCACACAUGGUGAAACUCAUCACAGGAAUCCUGUGUGUAACCGCCUGUUGAUGUUUCAGGCCAGUGGAAUUACAAAUCUAAACAGGGUUAUGGAAACAUGGCUCCCAGAGUGCCUUGUGUCAUGCACACAUUUUGUGCCUUUUAACUCCCCCACCUACUAUGGAAAACAGCAAAUAUGGUCCAUCAUGUUGGAACGGUUUGGUUUAUAGGCAGUAAAUAAGCACUAAAAUUGUAAAUGUAGUGGCUCUAUGUGUCUUAGUAUGAUUGGAGUGUGUUCACAGCUAAGAGACUAAUGAGAAUUGUCUUUGUAAAACUUUGUACAAUUGCAAGAAAAGUGUGGAAAGGGAAGUGCUUGUAGACCAAAUUGGAAGUGAGUCGAGCAAAUGGAUGUUUUCCUCAAAAGGGGGAGAUUUUUAUGGCCAGUACAUGUCAUAUUGAACCACAAAGAAAACCUUGCAGAUGUCACUAGGUUACCAGAAUUAUGAACAGAUUGAUUAUAUAUGGAUGGCAUUCCUGUGCAGCUAUAUCAAAUAAAAUAUGAUUACACUGUUUCUGCUUGUACUGAAAUGCCCCCGUGAAAUUUUUGCUUUAAACUUUACUUACAAGGGAACCAAGAAAAUCAUGAACCAUUUCAUGUGCAUGCGUCUUUUUAAGGAAAUGUCUUUGACAGUGAUUCAUGUAAGAUGAUGGAAAAUGCUAAUGUUACUGAGUAAUCGUUCCAUGAAAAAACUAAAACAUUUUAGCAUCAUGCUUUUUUUAAUUAUUUAACCAUAUAGGGUUUUUGUGUGUUCAGAAAAUGAAAAAUGAUAUAAAUGCAUUUUAUUUACAUACAGCUGUUGUGACCGUUAAAAGAUUGGGACAUGGUACUUGCCGUUUAAUUUAUGCAGAAUCAAGAGGAUUAUUUUCUUGUUAAUAAAGUUUUAUGCACAAUACCCAUCUUCAGCCUUUUUCAUCAAUAAAAAUAUCAUUUUUAUUGUUA